AUGGAUAGAAUAGAUAAAGAGCACAGGCGUAAAUCUAAUGUAGAAUUAGAUUUUUCGGAUAAUGUUUCAGAUGACGAUAUUAAUAUAGAUAAAGAAAAUAUAUGGGACACAGAUAUAAAUAUUAUAGAUGAUGACCUUAAUAUAAUAGAUAAUGAUGAUGUGUUAAUUCAGAACAACUCAAAUAAUAAGAAUACAGAUUAUCAAAAUGAUAAAAUAUUUAACUUUCAACCUAAACAAAGUGAAUGGUUUGAUGAAGAAGAAAUUUUCGAUUUACCAAAUAAUUUAGAAGAUAUUACGAGUAAAAAUAAUUCCUUAGAAAAUAAUGAAAUAAAUAAAUAUGAUUAUCAAAAUGAAUACAAUAAAUAUAAUUUUGUUGAUCAACAAAAUGAAUGUGAUCAGCAAAAUAUAUGUGAUCAGCAAAAUAUAUAUGAUCAACAAAAUAUAUGUGAUCAACAAAAUAUAUGUGAUCAACAAAAUAUAUGUGAUCAACAAAUUAUUUCUGAAGAACAAAAUAUUUCUGAAGAACAAAAUAUUUCUGAAGAACAAAAUAUUUUUGAAGAACAAAAUAUUUCUGAAGAGCAAAAUAUUUGUGAUCAAAAAGAGGAUAUUAAAAUUCAUGUAGAUAAUAAAAACGUCCAUGAAUUUUGUGACACAGAUAAUUUAUUUAAUAAUUUUUCAACUAAUAAACCAGAUGAGCAAAAUAAUGAAAAUGUACCCAUGUGUCUUAUAUCAAAAAGUUCGUAUAGUGAAGUAAACGAUGAAUUUAAUAUAAAUAAUGAAGAGCAUCAUAAUAAACAUAUGAAUAUGUUAUUACAAAUUAAGAAGAUACUAAACAUUAAUGAAGAUGAAGACGUAAUAAAAUACAUAGAAAAAUUAAACAAUAUGAAUACAAACCAUAUAGAAAAUGUUGGUGAUGAUUAUUAUGGAGAUAAAAAUUUUAAUGAAAAGGAUAGUUUAUUAAAUGAAGAAAACGAACACAAAGUAAAUGAAUUAAAAGAACGUGAAUUAUAUUAUUUAGGUAUGAUUGAGGAAUUAAGAAAUGAAAUAAAAACCAAAGAAGAAAACGAAGGAAAUAAUAUAGAAAAAUUGGAAAACAAAAUUCACGAAUAUGAAAAACAAAAUGAAGAACUAAGAAAUGAAAAGGAAAAACUUCAAAGUACUAUUAAUGAAUAUUCUCAUAAUUUUAAUAAUUUAAAUGAUCACAACAAAAUUACUAAUAAAGAAUGUGAAGAACUUAAAAAUAAUUAUAAUACAAUUAAAGAAAAAUAUGAAAGAUUAAAAGAAGAACAAGAAAUAUAUAUAAAACAAGAGGAAGAAUACAAAUCUUUGUUAGAUGAAUUAGAAAAUGAAAAUAAUGAAUGGAAAGAAAAGAAUCAAAAAAUGCAUGAAGAAAAUAUGAAAACAUGUGAGGAAUUAAAAAAGUUUGAAGAAAUUAGAAACGUUGAAGAUGUGAAAAAGAUCGAAGAAUUAGAAAAUAAAAUUAACGAUCUUUUAAAUAUUAAUGAUGAUUAUAAAGUAAAAUUAAAUCAAUCUAAUGAUGUUCUUCUUCAAUUUGAAAAAAAAUUAAAUAAUUCAUUAAAUGAUAAUAAAAAGAAUGAACAUAUAUAUUCUAACAAAAUACAAACAUUAGAAAACACAAUUAUGUUAUUAGAAGAAGAAAUGAAUUGCAUCAAAAAAGAGAAUCAAGAAAUAAUAAAUAAUUAUAACGAACUAGAAAAUGAUUACAACUUAUUAUUAAAUACAAACAAACAAUUAAAUGAAGAAUAUGGAAACUUAAAAAUAUGUAAAGAAAAAAAUGAACAGAAUAUACAACACUUAAAAUCAAAUAUCCAAAUCAACGAACAAGAAUAUUCCUUAAACAGCAAAAAAUUACAUGAGCAGAAUUUAAAGAUAGAAAAUUUAAUUAUUGAAAAUAAUAAGAAUAGUAAAAUGUUGGAAUUAUUAAAAAAUGAAAAGCUAAAAAUAGAGAGUGAAAAUGAUAUUUUAAAAAAAGAUUUAACUAAUAUGGAAGAAGAUUUAAAGAAGUUAGAAAAACAUAGUUAUGACAUUUAUGAAAUAAAAAAUCAUUUAGAAGAAGUAGUAGAUAAAAAUAAAAAAUUAAUUGAAGAUAUCGAAUUAGAAAAGAAUGAAAAAGAACAUCUGAAUAAUCAACUCAAAGCAUAUAAUAUCGAAAUGAAUAAUUCAUAUCUUGUUUUAAAGACAUAUAAAAUGAAAUGUUCUUUUUUCUUAAAUAUUAUAAAAAAUUAUGAAGAAAAUAUACAUAUUUUAGAAAAUAAAUUAAAAAAAUAUGAAUACAAAAAUGACAAAAUAAAUGAUUUCACACAUAAUUUAUAUUUAUCUAGUAGACAAAAUAAUAAGGAAAGUUAUGGUGAGGAAAAGGAACAUUUAAAUAAUAGUUACCUAAAAAGAUCUGAUAAUUCUAAGGGAAAAUAUUUUGAUGAAAGAAAAGAAGAAGAAUAUGAUGAAGAAGAAAAGUUUGCGUACAAUAUCUUAUUAAAUAAUCAAUCAGAUUGUUUAAUGAAAGCGCAACUAUUACUAAAAGAAGAAUUAGAUAAAGAAAUACAAAAGAAAGAUGAAAUUUUAAUUAAGCUACAAAAAUUAAUUUCUACUUUAAAAGAGAAAAAUCUCAUAAUAAAUGAAAAGAAUUAUAAAAUUAAAAAAUAUCAACUUAUAAAUGAAAACUUACAAGAUUGUAUUGCAGGGUAUCAAAAGGAUAUACAAAUAUUGAAAGAAAAUAUACAUAAUUUAGAGAAACAAAUAGAAUUGAAACAGAUCAAAAAUAUUGUAUUACCUCCUAAAGUACAUGUACAUGUAUCCAAAUUAUCAUCAUUAGAAAAUAAUAUAAAGAAUGAGCUCAAAGGUAUAAUAGGAAAUUCAUCCAACUUUUUAGAAAAUACAUUUAAAUAUAUAAAUGAAAAUCCUUUGAAAAAAAAUUUACAAAAUAAAGCAUUCUUCGCAACAUCGGGAGAGAAGAAAAUUCAAGAUGACAUUUCUAAACAGGGGGAGCAAAAUAAAGAAGAAGUUUCAAAUUUUGAUUCUGUUGUUGAUGUUACAGGAAUGGCCAAGAAUUUUUUAUACAAUAAUAUGAACAUAUUACAAAAUUUUAAAUAUGAUAUGAAAGAUAAUGUGGUAUUAAAAAAUGAUUCAUUUAAUGAAAAUGAACCAAAAUAUGAUGAUGUAAAAGUAAAUGAUCAAUAUGUAACUGUGGAUAAUGAAAAAGAAGUUAUUUAUGAUGAAAGGAAAAAUAAUAUUUAUGAUGAAAGGAAAAAUAAUAUUUAUGAUGAAAGGAAAAAUAAUAUUUAUGAUGAAAGGAAAAAUAAUAUUUAUGAUGAAAGGAAAAAUAAUAUUUAUGAUGAAAGGAAAAAUAAUAUUUAUGAUGAAGGAGAUAAUUUAUAUGAUAAUAAAGAUCCAUAUAUUUCUAUUAAUGAGGAGAAAGAAUAUAUUCAUUCUGAUAAUGUAUCUUAUGAUGAUGAUAUAAAAAAUGUGAAUGUUGUAUCAAAUGAGCAAUUCAAAAAUUUAAAUAUUUCACAAAACGAUGAAGUUAGUGAAAAUAAAAAUAUAUAUUUCAAUCUUUUCUUUGGAAAAAAAAGCAAAAAAAAUAAUAAUAAUAAUAAUAAUAAUAUUAGUAGUAGUAGUAGAAAUAAUAGUAACAAUUUGAAUAGUAAAAAUGAAAUAUUGGGUUCUCAAAAUAGUACAAAUAGUGUAGUAAAAGCUGAUUGUGAUAUUAAAAAUUUAUUCGAUAAAAAUAUGAAGAAUGAAAAUAAAAAAGCAAAAGAAGAAACCACUGCUUUCUUUAUGAAAAAAUUUUUUCCUACGAAUGAAAAUGAUACAUCAAAUAAUAAUAAACAAAAUAAUAAAAAUAAUACGGAAUCAGUUUUUCCAACUACUUAUGAAACUCCAUAUCAUCUUAAUAAACAACAUGAACAUAUAUAUGAUGAAUUAAAAGGUUAUAGAAAUGAAAAAAUAUUGAAAAAUGAAAAUUUUUGUGAUAAUAAUAUGAACACAUAUAAUGAUCUUACAUAUAAUAGUGAAUUAUACAUAUCUGAAGAAGAUACCAAUAAAUAUGAUGCAAAUAUAGAAGCACAAAAUGUUAUGGACAAUUCAAAUAAUGAAGAGCAAAUUAAAAAAAAUUUAACACAUAAAAGUAGUGAACAAUAUCCACAACCUAAUUUAUCUGACGAAGAUCCACCAAUUAGUGAUGUUUGGAAUGACAAAAUUGAUAUAGAUAAUUUUGAGUUGGAAAAUGUUUAA